GCAGCUUGUGUUGUGGUGGGGGGUGUCGGGGUGUCUGCAGCUGAAGCAGGGUGGAAAAUGGCGACCGAAGGAGGGUACGAGUCGGUCCUCUGUGUUAAGCAAGAUGUCAACGUGUAUAAGAUUCCUCCCAGGGCAUCCAAUCGAGGCUACAGGGCGUCGGACUGGAAGCUGGAGCAGCCUGAUUGGACGGGGCGGCUGCGAAUCACAGCGCGAGCAAAAGUGGCUUAUAUUAAACUGGAGGAUAAAGCCUCGGGAGAGCUGUUUGCUCAGGCCCCAGUCGGUGAGUUCCCCGGGAUCGCAGUGGAGACUGUCAGUGACUCCAGCCGAUACUUUGUUAUCCGAAUCCAAGACGGAAAUGGACGCAGUGCUUUUAUUGGGAUUGGGUUCAACGACCGCGGGGAUGCUUUUGAUUUCAACGUGUCGCUACAGGAUCACUUCAAGUGGGUGAAACAGGAGAAUGAGAUCUCCAAGGAAUCUCAGAACAAGGAUGCAGGACCAAAGCUUGACUUGGGUUUCAAGGCGGGACAAACCAUCACCCUCAAUAUCGGGCAAACAAAGAGGAGAGACGGUAAACCCCGCCCCCAAGGAUCAGUAGGCUUUGGGCUCCUCCCACCUCCCCCUGGUGGAAAGAUAGCCCUGCCCUCUUCCACUGAAUCACCCAAUCACGUUCCAGAGCUAGCUGCACUAAACAAUGCUCCCCAAGUGGCAGCAGAAGACACAGGUUCCCUUUUGGAUUUGGACACCCCUGGUUCAGCUCCCUUGGUUCCAGCACAAAGCGAUAAAUGGGGAGAUUUCUCUGCUCCAGCCAGUUCAGAUCCUGCUCAGAACCAGCAGUUGACAAACUGGGUCCAGUUCUAAGAGGGAACACCACUCCCAGUCUGAGCCACCAGUCAUCAAACUGAAUCCCAGUAUCAAACUGGGAACUAACCAGUUUCCCCACCUGUCACCUGCCAUAACCUCACCCCCUGAUCUAAUUACCCUUACCUAACCCUAGUUUAGCAUAGUCAUUCUAGUCAUUCCCCUACGCACCCCAAACGCUGGUAGUAUCUCUGGACUCUUAGUUUUCACAAUAGUAUAAUUGUACUAAGAAGAAACUUAGUAAAAUCAUACAAACGAGAUGAGAAAUCUUUGUUAAUGACUUUUGUAUUAUAUAAACUGUUUUUUAGUAAGAUUGAUCUAACUGGUAUGUGGUAUUAGCAUCUUUCCCGAGGAACCAAUUGAUAAAGAGCAAGUCGCUUCCAAUGCCAUUAUGUAUUUGUUCCAACUUCCCCUUGUCUUUUUAUGAUAGUUGCAGUCAUUGAUAGAGGUUCUGGGUUCUAAUGCUCCAAUAUUUGAGUUAUUUAGAUUUUUCUCUAGAUCUGCAUUUACCUGGAUUUGAAAUUGCUUGAGCUUGUUUGGAGAAUUUUAACUGCCUAGCACUAACCUGCCUUCCUCAUUCCAAUCAAACCAUGUGCCCGUGUGAUCUUUCAUCUUCACUGGCCCAACGUAGGUGGGACCAGCCAAGUUGAAAAGUGAUUUUGUCACAUGAUUUGAAUAGAUUGUGGAAGCUCACAGACAGGUAUAGAGAAAAAAUGGUAAUAACAAUAUGUGAUCCCCAGAGCCACUCAACAUAAUUUCAAACAGUAUAAAAAGGUUAGGGAAAGAUAAAUAAUGAGAUCUGAAACUUGCGCCUUUUCCCUUUCAGUCCUGAAUUAUUUUUGUUGAGCAGAAGAAUACAAAAUUAAGUUAUAUAAUUAAAAAAAAACAUCUCCUUUAUUGAGUGUACAUGAGAACAGGACACACAAAUAUUUUUUACAUAUGUUUUGGUGAAUGGGACUUUAAAGUCCCGUCAGUACUUGAAGAACUCUAAACAACCCUACCAUAGGACGGGACCUUGAGGGUCCUGCAAGGACUGAAAGGGUUAAUGUUCCUGUAUUGAUCCCAGCCAGAACCGAAAGAGACAAAGCACACAGUUUAUAUUAUAGUACAAAACACAUUGACAAAGACUAAUCAAAAAUGUUUAGCAUUAUGUUGAUAUUUAGUACUACCUAUAGUGUGUUUUAAUGUUACUGAAAUCAUUCUCGGGAACAAAAUGUUGGUUGUGGCCUCCUAAAACAAAUCCACUCCAGACAUUGUACACGCCAACAACUUUAAGUGUAAAUCACACUGUUUCUGAAUUCACGCCAAGAGCAGUUGACUUCAUUUAAUUGCUUGAUACUUGUUCUGCAACAUUGUACUAAACACUUGGCUAUGCAACUGUAGUCAUUUGAUUGUCAGUAGCAUUGUCCCUGAAACCGGGCUAUGCAAUGUGGCUUUAAAACAGGAUAUAUCUCUACCACUGAGUGCUCGCUUAGAAGUUGUUCUCAAGAUCGUACUUUGUCACGCUAUACAAUUGUGCUGAAAUUUAAAAAAAAAAAAAAACAGACCCCAAAAGAACACAACAAAAGUAAAUUUAUUGAUAACGCUGUUCAUCUUUGUUCCAUGGCAUUCAUUUUCUGAAUUCUCUCCAGCCUAAUAAUAUUGUUCCAUGUAUAUCAACGACUAUUAUUGUCCCAGUAAGUUCAUUGUUUAUCUUACCAGAUUCAUUUCCAGGAAGAGCAAUUUUCUGUGGGAUUGGUUCCAUUCCUUGCAAUGAGGCACUGCUAUUACAGUAUAAUAAUAAUAAUAAUAAUAAUAAUAAUAAUAAUAAUAAU